ACGAAUCAAGUCUGUAAGUCGAAUUUUGUGUCCACGCCACGGUAUAAUAACAGUUGUAGCUUUAUAAAAUACGCCCCAGAACUGCAAUUUUUUUUUGGCCAAAAAACACGAAGUUAAAACGUGUCCAAAUGUCAAACUAAAAAAAGUUCUAUGCCGCCAUCCCCAUUCCCCAUUCCCCUUGGCUUAUUUCCAUUUUCCCCCCUCUAUUCAACCAGUAACCAAUUUGUUUUUGUUUGAUAACAGAAAAAUAAGUAGUUAGUUAAUUUCGAUUUCAUAUAAAUGUAGAAUAUAUUUGUUUUGAUUAACAUUGAUUAUGAAGAUUACUUAAAUACCCUAAUCAUUAGGGCCUAAUGUGUAAUCAGUUCGUACCCUCGGCUAUCAUUCGAAGUGUUUACACAUUUAAUAUUUUGAGUUAAAAAAAGUUUCAUAUAUUUCUGACUUCUAAACAAUAUUGAUUUUUAUCUAGGUAGCUGCGAGGCUACUACUUUGCGCAACGCUACUGGACAAUCGAUUGACGUACCAUUUGUCAUUGUCAAAAACUAGGUUUGGGAGAUAAAAACGAAUAUACAUACACACGUACAGAACUAGAUCAGCCAUCUUUUUCGUGUUUUUGGGCAAAGUGAUACGUGUUAAUAUCAAUUUCAAGCUUAUAAGCAGUGAAACAGUGAAAUAAUGUGCCAAAAACUUCAUAUACUUAGUAAAUAAACUGAUAAACUUGUGUUUCUUACCUCUAUAAAUUUUAAUAUUAUAAAUAAGUGCUACCCACACUGAAAAGCUACCUAUUUCAAUCAUGAAGUAAUUAGUGAAAAAAUAAGUAUCAUAAUUUUAUUCCUUUAUUUAAUUACACUAAAAUAAAAAUGGCAAAUAUAGAAAUGAAUGAUGAAUUGCAAAGUCUAAUUUCUGUUGUGAUAAAAAGAGAGCCAAUAGAAGAUGUGGACAUCAAAGUGGAGCCCCCAGAUGAAAAUGAGGAAGAAUCUGGUCCACUUGUAGUUACUUCUAGCAUUAAACAGGAAUAUGAAGAAGAAGGAACUGUUGAAAACGAAAAUUUGACUGAUAAACAGGAAUAUGAAUUUAAUGCAGUUGAACAGAUAACAGUCAAGAUUGAACCUACUUUUUAUAGUAGCGAUGAUGAGCUGGACCUGGCCAGCUAUGCCCUAGCAAAAUCUCAAGAAACUGCUCAACCACAGAACAAUCAUCAUAACUUGAGAACUCGCGUAAAGAAACCAAGGAAGUCAAAGGAUCAUGAUGAGGACUAUAGGCCACCGAAAAAAAUAAAAAAGGUUAUAAAUGAAGUAGUGAAGAAACCAUAUACAAACAAGGCAAAGAAAAAAGAAAACUGCUACUCCGACAAUGUGACCAAGAACAUAGAACUGGUGACCAUCACGGAGGAAGAGAGACAGAUAGAGUUCAGAGACCUCUGGCAGACUCGGAGACACAUGCGGUACUUUUGUGAGGACUGCGCUGUGGGCUUUGUUAUGGAGGAGCCGUAUCUGGUGCAUAUGAGGAGCCACGCGCCGGAAGCAGGCGAGUUUAUGUGUGAAAUAUGUCGCUGUCGCGGCAACAACAAGGAGCAAAUGUACAAGCAUCGACUACGGCAUUUCCGACGCUACCGCUGUACCAUCUGCAAGCGCGUGUUCAAAGAUAAGGAGACAGCUUCGAGUCACGUGAUGAGCGAACAUGUCCACGAAGCGUUCAUCUGUGCAGAGUGCGGCAAAGGAUUUAGGAGGCCAGCCUACCUCAAGAAACACGUGGCGCAACAGCACACAAAAGGGCAACGCCACGAGUGCCCUAUAUGCGAGCGUGUAUUCUUCCACCGCAGCAUGUACAACACGCACGUUAGGAGACACAACGAAGAAGUCCGCAACCCUGUCAACCAGCUCUUCAUCUGUGACCUCUGCUCUAAGCAUCUCAAGAGCAAGCAAGCAUUACGGCGCCAUCUAGCGGUCCACGCCCGAACUCGCAGUAUUUCGUGCUCACUCUGUCCUUCCAUGUUUCAUACGAAGAAAGGAUUAAGGUUGCAUGAGUUGAACAAGCAUUCAGGGGAUAAAGAACGGCGAAUGUUACAGCAAUGUCCGCAGUGCGAGCGCGAAUGUACGACCCCCGCUUUACUGCGGCAACAUAUCAGACGGAUGCAUACUGACAGAACCAAAAAGUACCAAUGCGACGAUUGCAAACGCUUCUACUGGAGUAAAGGCGAGAUCCGCUCCCACAUCGUCUGGUCGCAUGCGCCGAGCCGCGGCAAGCGCGCUCUGUUCUGCUGCGGCCGCGAGUUCCGCACACGGAGCCGGCUGAAGGAACAUAUUACGAUACAUCAUUUGGGUCACGAGAGGGAAAGGAUACAUAAGUGCGACCAGUGUGACAAAGCGUUUGCGAACAAGCAAGUCCUUACCCGCCACAAGAAGAGCCACUCGGACUGCACGUACCCGUGCCCCGACUGCGGCCUCCGCUUCAAAUGCGAGGCCUACGUCAAAGUGCACCAGCAGAUCAAGCACCUCAACAUGACCCGAGCCGAAAUAAAGGCAUUAAAACAAGCCAGAAAAGCUUUAAACCCACCAAAAGGUUUACGACCACUGUCAAUGGCGGCGAACUUUAAUGAACCACCAAAAGGUUUACCUUUUUCAGGGGCGCCCAACCAUGAAGCUCAAGAUUUGGGUGUGAGUGAAAAGGAAAUUAGUUUUGAGACAGUGUUAGUGAAGCAGGAAGUGGAUAGUGAUAGUGAGAUUAGUGUGCCGCUGUUCGAUUUGGAGGAUUUGAAAAGUAGGGUGUGAUGUGAGUGAAAUAGUACAUUCGGUACAAGUGUGAAAAAUAGGAAAGUCGCAACGGGUGGGGGUAAAUUAAAACUCGACCGACGGGAGUGAUUUAAAUCGGCACGAGUUGCGAAUUACCUUGCGCAUAUGUAUCGUACCUUUUACAGUACAUAUGGCUUUUAAGUUUUCGACAUAGUUGCGUAAUGUGCUAAUUAUCGCACUAGUGCGUUAAAGUAGCACCGUAUUUACUGUAAUAGUACAUUACAAUUGCGAAAAAUAGGAAAUUCGCAACGAGUGUUUUAAAUCUACACGAGUUGCGAAUUGCCUAUUCGCACAUGUAUCGUACAACAUUUUACAGUACAUAUGGCCCCUUUAAAGUUUUGACAUAGUUACGUAAUGUGCUAAUUAUCGCACUAGUGCGGUAAAGUAGGACCAUAUGUACUGUAAAAAAUAUUAUCAAAUACCUGCAGAGGUUUUAAUGUAAUAGCCUACAUUUAUAGUAAAGAUAUGUCACAAGUGAGCGAAAUGAUAUUUACGACGAGGGCGUACAUGGAAUCAUGAACAAUGCGAAUCUACAAUAGAUUCACGAGCGUAGUGAGGGGAUUGUAAAAUAUAAUGCUGAACGUAGUGAGGGAUUUAAGUGUUAACGCUAAGAAAAUGGAACACCAUUUUCAUAAUUGAUGAAUUUGAUGAUGUUGUGAAAAGUAUUUUAAUGUAUUAAGUAUUGAAUAAAUCAAACAAUCUAGUCUUCGUUUUGUAAUGUGGUGUAGAACAGUCUCCUAAAGUAUAUUGAGGCAAGUCUCCAUUUUCUGACCGAAAUUACUGAAUAGUUAAAUUUUACAGACAUCAUGUUUUUUUUUAUAUUCGAUAUUUUCGAUACCUAGUUAAAGUAUCUGUUUGUACAAAUCUAGAUUAGCUAUUUAGCUCUGUAAGUUCUAGACAAAAUAAUGAAUUAACACAUUGAGUGGCUGGAACCCGCUCGGCGGGCGCUCUGUUCGUUGUCGCUUUCCUCUACAAAGCGGGAAAACGGCUUUGUAACGCUACAAAAACGUCGGGAGUGAAUGCGUUAAUGAAUUUAGCAAUCUUAUUUUUAGUAGCAUAAAUAGCGUCAACCUACCUCAUAAGUCUCACGAUUAACAAUAGCAAUAUGGCAUAAGGUUCAGGGCUAAGGAGAGGGGGCAUACAUUUAGUUAGAAAUUGUAGUCUUUAAAGGGGGGGAGGGGGGACAGCUGCCCUCGUAUCUUUUUGGCUAUUGGCAGACUUGCUAUCGGUAUGAAAAUAAAAAACGUUUUAUUGCGUUCGCUCAGCUAACCUAGACGAAAACAUGUUUAAAUAAAAACUUAGGGAAUUAUCAUGUUCGAUCUGUUUCCUUUUUGUAAAAAUAUUAAUAAAUACAAAAAUAUACAUAA